CCCGGAGCUGGGCGAGGGCUAGGGUGCUCUGUGGUUUCCGCCACGCCCUGGCCGGUGCGCGUGGGCGGCGGGAGGGGGCGGCCCCCGAGCGCCCCUCGCCACCGCCCGCGCCGCUCCGGCCUCCCGCUCGGGACGCACCACCCUCCGUCUCCGUCUCCGCCCCCAGGACCUGCGGCUGCUGGCUUCCAGCGCCGCUUCUCCAGCCGGCGGUGCGAUGGGCUGCGGGAACUCUACCGCCACCAGCGCGGGCGCGAGCCGAGGCUCUGCAGGAGCAGCUAAAGAUGGAACAGAAGAAUCGAUAGCAGAAGAUGACAAGAGGAGAAACUACGGAGGAGUGUAUGUCGGUCUCCCAUCUGAAGCUGUCAAUAUGGUAUCGAGUCAAACAAAGACAGUCCGAAAAAAUUAGAAGACAAACACAUGACUCAAUAAUCAGCAGCCUGCUCGUCAAGAUUUAGAAGGUAUUCCGCUCCGUGGGGCGUUGUAGCGUGCAUAGACGUUUCCAAGGAGAUUCCAAACAAUACCUUGCCCCCCGCCCCCACCUCCUCAGAAUGUGUAAGUCGGCAGUUCAGACCACGGGUGCACGUUGAGCGCUGCGGCACCAGAAAGGACUCGGCUGAACGGGACACUCGGGGAUGGAACGUUCUGCGGCCGCCUGCAGGGACCAGCUAAUGGACUGCCGCCGCCCAGCGAGCCGGCUCCGCGCCAGCAGCGUGUCGGCCCUGCCGUUCCACGCCGUUCGUGAAGAUGGUGUCUUUUCACGGAUGCUUUUUUGGAUAGUUUUUAUAUAACAAAAUCCUCAUUCUAUUUGUAAUUUAAGAUAAGGAGGCACUAUACAUGAGUAACCUGAAGUCGUAUAUUUGCCUGUGAUCUUUCACUGUUUCUACUUCACAUUGAUUUUCAGCUGUAGGAUUGUUAAGUUGAUUCUUACGGUUCUCUCUUGCCCUUUUUUACUAUUUGGUUUUCAGCUUUAUUUAAGUGUCAGAAGUUUUCCUUUAUUAGGAACAGUGUGUGACAUUGCAUAUACUGUUUAAAAGGAGCCGCUGAAACUGGCAUGUCAUGUACACAUUUUGAUCAACUUCCGGUUUUCUUUAGUCCAAGGCUCUGGGACUGCAGACCCCUCCCCCAUGUCGGGUCUCCCAUUCUGCCCCUGAGUGAACACGGCAUCUCAUCACGUUCCUUCUGUCCUGUUUCACGGACUUGUGACUGAUGGUCAGUGGGAUAUUGGGGGAGUUUUUCAUGUGAUAAGGACCAUGUGUAUCCAUGUACUAUUGCAAUGCGAAUUACUCAAUUUACCAAUGUAUUUCAAUAAUUAAAACAUUUUUAUCCCUCUUUA